AGUAGGUCACAACUUUACGCGGUAUUUCCGUUCUUGUAAACAAUAAGGCAUAGCUGAUAGCAUAUUGCAAGAUAGGCACACAAUAUAUCCAACCAUGGCGUUCGUUUUACAGAACAUAAAGGACUUGCUUAGUAUUCCAGAUAACACUGUUAUGCAGCUGACUUUGCCAGCAUCUUUGCUUAUGUUUGCAGUCACUGUCCCAUGGGGCAGGAAAACUCUGAUGGACAUCACGUCGUUGAUAUUCGCUGUCAAGGGAUUCGGAGCACUACUCUAUCCAGAAGCUGUGAAUUUCUGGUUCAAAAAAGGAGUGGCAGAUGGCUUACACUUGCAGGAAAUUCGUGACAUUGGAAUAAUCUUGAUGGCUCUAGCAUUUACUCAUUUUAUGACACGUAAAAGCAAUGAUCGAACCAUGGAAAUCAACUUACUUUGGUCAAGGACUAUGUUCUUUGGAGCAGUUUUCCUGCUUAAUGCUGUACGACUGAUAAAUUACGACAGCAAGAAAGAAAAAAUAUCUCUUUAUGUUGAAAAGCUUGCAGCAUUGGUUACUGGGCUGUAUUUUGUGGCUUUUCUUUUCUACUCCCUGCGUGAGGAUGACUGGGGAGGAAGUACGGAGCAAUCAACAUCCAAAACUCACUUUCACCUCAGGAUAGACUUUGUAAUGUUCUUUGUGCAUGGGAUCAUUGCCUACUGCUUUCCUGAAUUUAUUGCUACAUUCCAGACAAAACUGUCUUCUCUGGACCCUCUGCAUGAUUACACAGCACGACUCAUGGGAGCUGGAUUUCUAGCCCUAGGAAUGUCAUCUGGAAGAGCUAACAAUUGCCAUCAUGAGGAAGACAAAAAAUCAGUGCUUCUCGGUCAUGGCCUGGCAAAUGGGUUGUUUUUUCUGACCAUGUUGUUAUGUCAGUUAUUCUCUGACAUAUUCUCUCAGUGGCAUGUCUAUGGAAUGUGCAUAGUCCUUCUGGCUGCCGUGAAUGACUUUGUCGGAUGCGAGAUAAAUGCCAUGGUACAGAACUUCAAGAGAGAACUCUCAUCUACAAAAGAAGAGUAAACUAGUCUUCACAACCAAUAAAUAACAAGUUUGAUUCGUAAAAAAUAGUAUACAUGUAGAUUCUUUAAAUCUGAAAGAAAAAUAGAAUGUUUCUCCAAAUUAAAUUGUGUCAAUAUUGUAAGUUGCUCUUCUCAUGCUUUUUAUUUUAUGAAAAUUUUCAAGAGAUAUUUAUAAUAUUCAGUAUUGGCUUUUGGCUUGUAUACUCCAAAUCCUCAUAUUGCAGCAUAUUUUCUGACAGACUGAUAAUUUUGUUCACAUAUAUUGGACUUACUAGUAAUUGAAUCAAACCAAACAAACUCUGGUACUUACCUUGUAACUGUAGUGGCCUUAGCUCUUGUUGUAAAACUUUUAUAAAUGAUCGAUUGUUGUAUUUUUGUUGUUUCUGUUUUGAGUUCACAUUUAUUUGUAGUGUAUUCCUAGUAAUUGUUGCUUACUUGUGCAAAACAUCUCACCAAUAUAAAGUUCAAAAAGGCCUGUAUUAAAUUAUUCUGAAUUUUUGUAUUAACUUUAAAGUAUGAUGCAACAAGCAAGUAACCAUUACAAUAAUUUUCAAUGAUAAUCUUUUGAAAGUUUACAUAAUGCCAAGUACGUACUUUGUCCUUUUUUUAAUGUGCUAAUUCAUUAUUACUGCCAAAAUAUAAAUUUGCAUGGUAUAAAUGUAGGCACCUAGUGCUAAUUUAGGAUUGUGCUAUUAGGUCCAUGACCUGCUAACAUGCUUAAUUUAAUAUAUCGCAGUUCACCUAAUGUUUAAAAUAUUAGCCAAUCUUUGUUUAUUUUUUUCCCAAUAUGUGUAUAAUACAUGACAUUCUUUUUCAUUCUGUUUGAUCAGUAAGGGUAAUUGGGUGAAUGGUAAUAAAAGUAUCAAUUAUACAUCUAUGAUGAAAGCUUUAUUGCUCAAUUUUCAGAAUUGUUAGUGAACUUUAUACUGGGUCUUUUUUUUUAACCAAUGUAUACUCUAUGUUUCAUUUUACAGAACGGGAAAUUUUCAUGUAAUGUACAUUGUAGCUUUCUUGUAAAAUUCACUUGUAUAUUUCCACACAGUUUCAUGUUCACUGGGAGUGGGUACAGAAGAUAAAUGUUUGAAGACUACUUUAAAUUGUUCCUUGGAUUGCCAGUCAAACUUAAACACUAUAUUUACAUCUCUCCAUUUUCAGCAAUGCAAUCAAAACACUUGUGUUUACUUUUUUCAGUCAUAUGAUAUAUGCCAGCAUUAGGUGCCUUAUUUUUUCUGUUUAUAUAAAUGCCUUAGAAAUAUAUGUAAUAUAAAUGUUUGUUGGUUAAAAUCAAUCAAGUACGCAAAGCUAUUUGUUUUAAUGCCUUUUUACAGACUUUUCCUAUAACCAAGGUCAUUGUAUUUGUUCAGCUAUAUGAGAUGGAGACCAUUUUCACAGGGCAGCAAAGUUAUCUAUACUCUAUUUCAAAUAAAGCUUUUUAUUUUCA